AUGCUGGGCUUGUAUCCCGUUGUGACGCAGGCUGUGUAUCUCGUUCUCGCCCCGCGCUUCGCGGAGAUCGCGAUACGACUCGGGGAUGAGGGAGGUGUUCUGAGGAUCACGGCGAGAGGGCUGGAGAAGGGGGGUAUGUACAGAGUUUGAGGGUUAAUGGAAAAGUGUGGGAGAGGAGUUGGGUUAGUCAUAGGGAUUUGAUGGGUGUGGAGGGGAGGGGUGGGGUGUUGGAGUUUGAGAUGGGAGCGGAGAGGGUGGGAUGGGAUGUUGGGGAGUUGCCGCCGAGUCCUGGGUUUGUGGGGUGA